UGAGUGAUCUUCAAGAAGAGGGUAAAAAUGCCAUCAAUGCUCCGAUGAACCCGAGCGCCGUGGACAUUCAUCCUGAAGACACACUACUAGAGGAGAAUGAGGAGCGCACCAUGAUUGACCCUAACUCCAAAGAAGACCCCAAGUUCAAAGAGCUGAUCAAGGUUCUAAUUGACUGGAUAAACGAUGUGCUGGUAGAGGAGAGAAUCAUUGUUAAACAGCUUGAAGAAGACCUUUACGAUGGGCAGGUGCUGCAGAAGCUCCUUGAAAAAUUGGCUGACCGCAAACUGAACGUGGCAGAAGUGACGCAGUCUGAGAUCGGGCAGAAGCAGAAGCUGCAGACGGUGCUGGAGGCUGUUCACGACUUGCUGCGGCCCCACGGCUGGGCGAUCAAGUGGAAUGUGGACUCAAUCCAUGGCAAGAAUCUCAUUUCCAUCCUUCACCUGCUGGUGGCUUUGGCCAUGCAUUUCCGGGCUCCCAUUCGGCUGCCUGAGCACGUGUCUGUACAAGUGGUGGUUGUGCGGAAACGUGAAGGUCUUCUUCAGACUACGCAUGUUAUGGAGGAGCUCACGACGACGACGGAGAUGAUGAUGGGAAGAUUUGAGCGAGAUGCCUUCGACACACUCUUUGAUCAUGCACCAGAUAAACUCAGCGUGGUCAAGAAGUCUCUGAUCACCUUUGUGAACAAACACUUGAACAAACUGAAUUUGGAAGUAACUGAGCUAGAAACCCAGUUUGCAGAUGGUGUUUACUUGGUAUUGCUCAUGGGUCUCCUUGAAGACUACUUCGUUCCGCUGCAUAACUUCUAUUUAACACCUGAAAGUUUUGAUCAGAAGGUCCAUAAUGUCUCCUUUGCUUUUGAGCUGAUGCAAGAUGGAGGACUUAAGAAACCAAAAGCUCGCCCUGAAGAUGUUGUCAACCUAGAUCUGAAGUCUACACUCAGGGUUCUGUACAACCUGUUCACAAAGUACAAGAACGUCGAGUGAACCUGAAAGCUGCUGAGAUGUUCGUCCUUCCAACCUCCUUAGGGAAAAAUACAAUAAAAAUACCUUCUGCAUGCUGUCUUUGUGCCUUAUGCUAUACUUCAUGCAUUCUGUCUGCACUUGAUGUGACUUCUCUUUAGCUCCUUGUAUGACACUCGACUAAAAUAAUGCGUGUGUAUUCUGUUGGUCACUUGAAAAAGUGUUGACAUUUCAUACUUUUGCCAGAAGACACUAUUGGGUCAUUGGCCAGCAAAUGUUCUUCUUGUGAUAAAAGAAAUAUACCACUAAUUAAUAAGCAGGGAAAACAUGAGAGCUUCCUCAUGGCUGUAGACUUUUUGAUACUAUACCAGACUUUCUUUUGUAAACAACUUGGUUGCUGUUGGCAUUGGAUGGUGUUCUAGGCUUAAGAGUUAGGAACUGAAAAACAGCAUUGGAAUUUACUUAGAAGCCAAGCCUUUUCUGUUAAAUAAAAUUUUUGUUUGUUCUGCUGUGGGGCUGGGAGGUAUCUGAAGCCUACCUGGUGAAAGCCUUAAAAGUGUCUUGAUUUUGGUGUCAACCUCAUACUACUCAGUGUUAUUUCCAUUCAAUGUUUACACAGAAUAAGUCUUGCAAUGGGAUGACCAUCUACUCAUGUCUGCCUAUGUUUCUUCACAGCAGGAGAAAUUUGUUUGCUAGAGCAGCAGUCAAUAUUUUAGUGUGCAGCUUGAAUCACGUCAGCGAAAUAUGUGCACGUUGGGCUAAUGUGUCUUCUCCCCAAUCAUUUCUGAAUUGUCCCUGAAGAAUAAUCACAGUUAUCGACAGCUUGACAGUUUAAAGGCUGACUCUUCAUUUCAUGCAGCUAAGUUCAAAUUCUUGCUGAAGUUACUGGCAGCUGUAAAAUUGAGUUGCUGGUAAAAGUAAGAGCUCACCUUUCCUUCUGGAUUGCACCAGACUGUGUCAGACAUGUAACGUAUGCAUGCAGAGGAGAGAGAUUUGACCACUGAACUGCUGCUUUUAUGUGUCAUGUCAGGGACACAUUUUUAUGGACAGAUAUGGGGUUUUAUGUGAAAUAGAAGGCAGAGCACCUCAAAAAGGAAGUAGAUACUGUUGCAUUGCCCUAGGGGUUCACCUGAGUCCUCUUGGAAGCCAGCUUCUUACACCAAGCCUUAUUUACCCUUCCGAGCUCAAGAGGAAACAUGCUGUCGGAAUUGGUGUAUAGCGGAGAUAUUUUCCUUCCUUCCUUCAACAUUAAUCUUCUUCAUUCAACAUUAAUUCUUCUUCAUUAAUCUUGAAGUUCCUUCAACUUUAAUCUUCAGAAAUGUGUGGGGGAAAAUGUGCUGCUCCUCCUGC